AUGGACGGGUUGUCGUAUUACAUUGGGAAUGAUGCAGUGGAAGCUUUAAAUACUUUAGAUAUUCCGGUUCAAGCUGAACAGGUGGUUACUUUUAAUUUAAAAAAUUCCGACGAGUUAUCUCCUGCUUCAGAAUUAAUUCCAUUUUUAUUAGAUAUUGGUGCUGCUGCAAAAUAUUGGAUUAUAUUAUCAAGUUCUUAUGCAAAUUUAGGUAGAUUAGAUGAGCUGUUUCAAUUUUUGAAUACCGCUUUAGAUCAAUCAUAUUUUAAAGAUGAGGAUAAAAAAUUAUUUCAAUCGCUAAAAGUUUGGUUAAUUUUUAAAUCUAUAUAUUUAGGUAUUAAUAUUGAAGAAAAUUUAUUAAAUGCAAAUAAUGAAAUUAAUGAUUUAUCUCAUAAAAUUAAAGAUGAUCAAGAGACUUCUCCCAUUACAAGUUUUUCAAAUUUAUUAAGUCAAGGAGUUUUAAAUUUAUUUAAUAAUAAUGAUGACGCAUUAGAUAUAUUUGAUAAAAUUUUAAGAAUUGAUCAAAAUAAUGUUUUUGCGAUAUUAGGUAAAGCUCAAAGUAUUAUAAAUAAGACAAAAAAUUAUGCUGUAGCGUUAAAAUUAUAUCAACAGGCGUUAAUAUUAAAUCCUAUAGUAAAACCAGAUCCUAGACUUGGUAUAGGUUUAUGUUUUUGGUUUUUAAAAGAUGAAAAAAUGGCAGUUAAAUCAUGGGAGAGAGCUCUUGAAUUAGAUCAAGAUAAUAUAAAGGCUAGAAUUUUUUUAAAUUUAGCUAAAUUUCAUGAAAGUUUUAAUAAUUCAUUAAGUGAUGAUGAAUUUUUAAUAAAUUAUAAGUAUUGUUUAAAAGAAGCUAAUAAAAUUUAUCAAAAAGAUGUAGAUAAUACAACUGUUUUGUUAAUACUUGUAUCAUUUUAUUUUGCGAAAGGAGACUUGGACUUGGUUGAGAAAAUAAUAAUGAAAAUAAUAACAAAAAUAACAAAAAUACCAAGUAAAACUAGAUAUCAACUGAUUACAUUAUCUGAAUGUUAUACUUGGUUAGGUAGAGUUUAUUUUGCAAGAGAAGAUUUUACUCAAGCAUCUAAAUAUUUUCAAGAAGCUAUUAUAUUUAAUGAUUCAAAUUUAGUUGCAAAAUUUGGUUUUGGACAGUCACAAUAUAAUAGAGGUUCAAUAGAAGAAGCAAGUUUAACAUUUGAAUUAAUUUUAAAAAAUGAUCCAAAAUGUCUAGAAGUAAAUUACUCAUUAGGUGUAUUAUAUGCUGAUAAAAAAAGAGAAUUGGCUAUUCAAUAUCUUGAGAAAUACAUUAGGCUAUGUGAGAAUGAACCUGUGAAUUUAAAUGCAUAUUUAUUACUUUCUAAAUUAUAUCAACAGACAGAUUUAAAUCAAGCAUUAAAUUAUUUAACAAAAGCUAUUGAAUCAAGAAAGAAUAAACAGGUGCCAUUAGAAAUAUAUAAUAACAUUGGUGUUUUCCAAUUUGUUAAACAAAAUUAUGAUGAAGCAACUGAAUAUUUUUCCAAAGCAUUAGAAAAAGUUGAUUCUGAUGAUUUAAAAGUUACAAUUACAUUUAAUUUAGCUAGAUCAAAAGAAAUUACAAAUGAAGAGGAAGCUAUUAAAAUUUAUCAAGAAUUAUUAAGUAAUUGUCCAAAUUAUUUUUCAGCAAAAUUACGUAUGCUAUUUUUAAGUUGUAUAAAUAAUUUCAAAGAAUCUUUAAAAGAAGAAGUUGAAGAAUUAUUAAAUUUAAAUGCAUCAGAUUUAGAAAUUAGAUCGUUUUAUGGUUGGUUUGCAAAAAAUUUUGGUAAACAUGUUGGUAUGAAAUCAGAUGUAGAUACAAAUUUACAAAAAGAAACAUUAAUUGAAUAUGAUUCACAUGAUUGUUAUGCAUUAUUAUCAUUGGCUAAUAUCUAUUGUUUAAUGGCUAGAGAAUCAUCAUCAUCAUCGUCGUCAUCAUCAUCAUCAUCAUCAUCAUCAUCAUCAUCAUCAUCAUCAUCUGAUGAAAAGAAGAAAAGAUAUUAUAUAAGAGCUAUUGAAUUAUUUACAAAAGUUUUAUCAUUAGAUCCAAAAAAUGUUUAUGCAGCCCAAGGUUUAGCAAUUAUAUAUAUUGAAAAUAAAAAUCCAACAAAAGGUUUAGAUAUACUUCGAAAAAUUAGAGAUUCAUUAAAUGAUAUAUCAAUUUAUUUAAAUUUAGGUCAUGUUUUAAGUGAAUUAAAAGAAUAUGGGAAAUCAAUUGAAAAUUAUGAAUUAGCAUUAGGUAGAUUUACAAAUGGUAAAGAUGCACGAAUAUUAACAUUUUUAGGUAGAGCAUGGUAUUUAAGAGGUAAUAAUGAAGAAAAUUUAUAUUUUCUUAAAAAGGCAUUAGAUUAUUCAAAAAAAGCAUUAGAAUUGAAUCAAUCACAAUCAACAACAACUGCUUUAUAUAAUGUUGCUUAUAUACAAUUUCAAAUUGCUGAAUUUAUAACAAAACAAAGUGUGAAUGAACGAAAAAUUGAAGAAAUUAAUGAUGCAAUCACAGGAUUAAAUGAAGCUAUUGAAACAUUAAAUAAAUUAAUUGAAGAAAAAUAUCCACCAUAUCCAAAGGAAGAAUUAGAAGGUAGAGUUAAUUUAGGUUCAACAACUUUAUUAAAUAGAUUAACAAAUGCCUUGGAAGAAACAACUGAAAACAUAAAAGUAGUUGAACAAAGAUUAAAAACAGCAAAACAAUAUAUUGAACAAGAAAAAGCAGCUAAAAUAAAAGAAGAAGAAGAAUUAAUUAAAAAACAACAAGAAAAAGAAUUACAAUUAGCUAAAGAAAGAGCUACAUUAGUUGAACAAGCAAAACAAUGGGCAGAAGAAUCAAGAAAUGUUGAAAAUGAAAAUGAAAAUGAAAAUGAAGAUGAAAAAGAUGACAAAUUAUUUGAUGAAGAAUUCAAAGCAAAGAAUAAAAAGAAGAAAGGUAAAAAAGGGAAAAAAAAGAAUAAAAAAGUAAUUGAUGAUAGUGUUGAUGAAGAAGAAGAAGAAGAACAAGAAGAAGAAAAAAAAGAAAAUAAGAAAAGAAAAUCAGAAGAACCAGAAUCAAAAAGAAAGAAACAACAUUUAUCGAAUGAAUUUGUUGAAGACGAAAGUACUAGUAGUAAUAGUAGUGAUGGUGAUGAUGAUGAUGAUGAUGAUGCUAACGAUGAUUUAUUUUAA